CCCAAAUCGUGUUUCCCCCCUGUUCAGCUGGAGGCGGGACUCGCCAAAAUAGUUUCGUCAUCAUCUUAACCAGCUCAUUUGGACUGGAAUCCGGUCAUGGAAGCUUCUGACUUCAUAGCUAGUAGCUAGAAGAAGAAUCAAGCUCUGGAGUAACUGAUGGGAGAUAGCAUGGUGGAUCAGAGCAGUCCUAUGCGGGUGUUGGUGACUGGGGGGACUGGUCUGGUGGGUAGGGCCAUAGAACAUGUUGUCAAAGAAGAGGGAGGAGCGCGGGAGGGAGAGGAGUGGAUCUUCCUCUCCUCUAAGGAUGCAAAUCUCAUGGACAUGGGUGAGACGCAGGCUGUGUUUUUGAAGCACCAGCCCACCCACGUCAUCCACCUGGCAGCCAUGGUGGGAGGGCUCUUCAAGAACAUGAGGGCCAACCUAGACUUCUGGAGGAACAACAUCUACAUCAAUGACAACGUCCUGCAGGCAGCCCACGAGGUGGAUGCUGUCAGGGUGGUCUCCUGUCUCUCCACCUGCAUUUUCCCUGAUAAGACCACCUAUCCCAUCAAUGAGACCAUGAUCCACAACGGCCCUCCUCACGAGUCUAACUUUGGCUACUCCUAUGCUAAGAGAAUGAUCGAUGUCCACAAUAGGGCGUAUCACCAGCAGCGUGGGCGAUGCUACACAGCAGUGAUACCGACCAAUGUGUUUGGCCCCCAUGAUAACUUCAACAUCGAGGAUGGACAUGUACUUCCAGGCCUCAUACACAAAGCCUACAUUGCUCAGAAGGAGGGUAGUCCAUUGGUGGUGUGGGGCUCAGGAACUCCCAGAAGGCAGUUCAUCUACUCAUUGGAUCUGGCUCGUCUCUUCCUCUGGGUGCUGAGAGAGUACCCUGAGGUGGACCCCAUCAUACUGUCUGUUGGUGAGGAGGAGGAGGUGUCCAUUAAGGAGGCAGCAGAGGGUGUUGUCGAGGCACUGGGGUUCAAAGGUCAAGUGACUUAUGACAGAACUAAAGCAGACGGUCAAUUCAAGAAGACAGCCAGCAACGCCAAGCUGCUGCGGUACCGCCCCAACUUCACCUUUACCCCCUUCAAACAAGCCUUGAAGGAGACAUGUGAUUGGUUCGUGGCCAAUUACGACACCGCCCGCAAGUGAAGAUUCCUCAAAUGAGAUUGGCUGUUAGGAAACCAGUCCCAGGAAGAGGGGACUGUGAUGGAGGGGUCAGGAGGAGUGGAGUUGAAGGUUCUAGAACUGACUGGAAUUACCCACCUAUGAUGUAACAUGUGUCCCAAAUAGUACCCUAUUUCCUAUCUUGUCUGGAGUGACCAGCAGGACUCCUAUCUCCUCUAUAACCAUGUCUAUACUAUAUGACUAGAGUGGGUAUAAUGGACUUAAACUAGUUCUUUGUCCAUAGGAUUUCUUCUAUGUCCACCCAAUAUGGCAACAAAAUAGAAUUUUCCACAAAUAAAUAGUUGUGCUGCCAUUUUGAGUGGGUUGUUCACUACUCAAUUUGUCUGCUGUAUCAUAUAGAAUACCGGGUGGUUUUGGAUAUGUUCUUUUAUAUCUGUCUUUACUAAAUACAACUGUGCAAUAUGUACAUGAGUGGUGGGCUGAGAGAAUAAAUCAAUGUUUAUUUUAA